AUGUCGAACAAACGGCCCUUAUCACCAGAAUCAAAUAAUAAUUUAACCAAUGACAAUACUGUACGUUCAUUAAAACGUUUAAAACUUCAUUCUAUUGUACAAGAACUACGAAAUGAAGAAGCGAAUUUAGUUCUACUAAAAAAAUUACGUGCUUGUCAACAAUUAGCAGUACGAUCAAAUACUACUCCAACAACAACAACAAAUGGUUUUCAUCCAACAGCAACACGUAUUCCAACUAAUAAACCAACAACACCUAUACCUCCAACAAUAAAUUCGUCUUCAACAUCAUUAUCACGUUUGUCUCUUCAACAAUCACUACCAUCAGCAACACGUAAACCAUCAUCAAAUUCAAUAAAUCCUCCAUUACUAACUAAAAUUCCUACGCCAAUACCAUCCAAACCAUCGCCAACUCUUCAUUCACUUGAAGAACGUAAAACACAAGCGAAAAAAGCGCUACGUACUCAACUUGAACGUGAUCUAUUAAAUAUUCCAUCACCAAAACCUUUAAUACAAGAUAUUUUAUUUAUACCAAAUCCAACUAGUCUAGAAUUUCAACCAUAUAUUGGCCUUGAAGAUGUUGUACAAUGUUUAUAUGAAUUACAAACCGAUCGUCAACGUUUACCACAACGUUUUACUGAUCGUGCACAAAUUGAAGAACCACAUAUAUGUGAACAUUGUGGUACAGAUUUUACAAUACGUUGGUGGAAACAUUUAAAUAAUAAUCAACAAAUUAACAUCUUAUGUGAUCGUUGUAAAAAACAAGUUACACGACGAACAUCAAAAACAGAACAUUCAACAUUAUUAAAAAAUGUUUUUGUUUCAGCGAUGGAACAAGAAAAAGAAAUUGAAAAAACAUUUCAAACACUUAUCAAACAACAACAAAAGAAUGCAUCGCGUUCAAUACCAUCUUCAGCAUCAUCAUCAUCGUUAACAUCAUCAACAACAACAACAACAACACCUUCUAAAAUAAUGACUAAUAAUAAUCGUUCUAUACCACCUACAAUGACAUCUAAUAAUAAUAUUAAUAAUAAUAACAAUACUCAUCAUAAUCAUCAAAAAUCUAAAACGAAAACAUCUUUACCACAAGCACAAAAUUUUGCUACAAAACUUUCCCAACAACCUAUAUCAUCAGCAACAAAUGCAGCAAGAAAAUCUAAUGUUAUUAUAUCACCGCAAAUGAAUCUAAUGAAUAAUAUUCGAUCAGUACAGCAUAAUAAAACACCUAUGCCUGCACAUCAACAACAACAACUACAACAACAACUACAACAGCAACAGCAACAGUAUCAUCGUAAUGCAACUGCCUUAUCACAACAAACAAAAAUGAAUCAAAUGGUUAAAAUGCCUAAAACUGCUGUACGACAACAACAAUCAGUUGUAUCAUCUCGUCCUAUGUAUCCACCAACAAGUGGUCUCAUUCCAUCUUCUACUAUUCAUCCUCCAAUGGCAUCAUCAACUAAUAUAAGACCAACAGCAACUAAACGACGAACACUUCCUACAGUUAAUAUGAAAUAA